AUGCGAAGGACCCAAGCUUUGUCCGUCACCUCCGCAGUGUUUGCGAACGCGGAUGGCGAGUUCCCUACGUCUGUCUGCGCCGGUGGCGCGGCCGAAGCGCGUCGCUUGGGGAUAGAUAUACUCGGCAACUUCACGUGGUCAUCCAGCGACAUCACGGCAGUUGUUCAGCAAAUCAAAACUCUGCAACCAGAUGUCCUGGUUGGUUGUGGCUAUGUGGCUGAUGCUUCGAUGUUUGUGGUUGCUGCCAUGGCACUGGAUUUCAAUCCCAAAGCGAUGGUCCUCACGCAGGCUUCACAUCCGGAUUUCAUCGGUGCUGUAGAAGCACGGAACGCGAACUUCAUCGCUGGGCCUGCGCUUUGGGUACCAGAGCUGGGAGAUGAUACCUGCAGUCGUCCCUGCCCAAUAUUCGCGAAUGGUUCCCAUUUUGCCAAUGCUUACAAAUCUGCUUACGCCCGACCACCGCCAUACCAAAGUGCCGCUGCGGCUGCAGCUGGGAUAUUGCUCAUUGAUGCUGUCGCUCGCAGUGAGACCUAUGACCCAUCAGCACUGCGCCCACGCAUAUUGGAAGCCGGAUUCUUGAGCACCUUCUACGGCCGUCUGGCGUUCACUGAUGAUGGAAUGAUGGACGAUGAUGCUUUGAUGUCGCGCACGGUGCAGCUCAGACCACUGGCAGCUUGGGAAUCGCCCUUGUUGCGCUACAACUCGAGCAUGCUCACGGUCCUUGGCAAAGGUGGUCAGGAAAUGGAGGAGAUGCCUAGUUGGCACGCAAAGCGAAUGCUGGUCUAUCCAUGCGAGGAAGGUUAUCAUCUGCGCCUGAAAGAGUGCGUACCCUGCGAUGCGGGUCGCUACCGCCGCUCAGGCACACCAGCUUGCCUCGCCUGCGAACGCGGCACCUAUGCUGCGAUACCUGGACAAGGGCAUUGCCGGCCUUGCCCGACAGGAGCCAACUGCACAGAGCUGGGCACCGCUCUGCCAGAGGCGCGAGCGGGCUACUAUCGGAUGCCGCUGCAGUCUGGGGGGGACCUCAUGCCGUGGAACUUCCAAAAGUGUCGGCCUGAAUCUACAUGCCUUGGUGCCAACAGAUGUCAGGGAAGCAACACCGGAACGCUCUGUGAGCAGUGUCAGCCUGGCUUCACGAAUCAACGUUCCAUCGUCUUCGGGGCCGGCAGGGGCCACUGCCAGGAGUGCCCUUCCACGGAAGUGAACGUGUUAUUGGUCGUCCUGCUCAUUUUCGCGUGUGCGGCUUACAUAGCAGUCGUCUUCAAAGCCACGAUCUCCUCAGCUCUUUCUGUUCGGCACCUUCAAUCGAUUAUCUUGAAGAUUGUGAUCAACUACCUUGUGUUCGCCCAAGUUACGCUGCAGUCUACGGGCUUUUGGGAUCAGAUGUGGACGGAACUGCAAAAAACCUUUCCCUCAGCGUCGCCUGCUGAUGAAGGUCCAAUCCUGCUCAGCUAUGACUGCUUGCUUCAAAGCUCUGGUUGGCAGGUCUUUCGUGCUCAGAUGUACCUCGCAAUCUUAAUGUUGCCAACAGCCCUGUUUUUCAAUAUGAUGUUCUGUUUGAUGCGGAAUAUAAUUCUCAUUUGCCGUAUCAAGCGCAACAAGGAAGUUGUGGAAAGGCUCCGUCAAUUCGACGACCACAGCUGGAAUUGGACUUCUCUUACAAGGCACGUUUCUGAUGACCAGCUGACGAGGAAAGGUUCACCACCACUCCGCUCGCAAUCGAGCCUGGUCAUCUCAGAGGUAGCCAGCGUGCACAGUCCGUCGAGCGCCGGCCUUGCAAGCCGCACGAACACCGAAGAUGAGAUCAGGCAGUGGAAGGAGUUCAAGUUGGCAGUUGUGCAAUCUUCGGUGGUUUGGGCAUUUGUAUUGUAUCCGACUAUCAUUCAAGCGUUGCUGAAGGGCAUUGUGUGUGAAGAGUACGACACGCUGCGCCUGAUGGUCAACAUGGAUGUGGAGUGUUUCGGUGGCGACCAUGCGCAGGUGUUUGCUUUGUGCCUUUCUGGACUUCUACUCUACGGCCUUGGGACUCCCGCUGUAUUCUUUUUACUUCUAUACAGGAGGAGACACAAGCUGAUGAUGCCUUCGACCCGACGAAAGUUGGGAUUUCUGUACAAUGGCUUUCAGUGGCGAUCGUAUCAUUAUGAGUGCAUCUACAUGCUUCGAAAGUUCUCAAUUCUUUUUGCAGCCAGCCUUCCGCAGCAGACGCUCCGAUCAACGAUCAUGCUCUGCCUCGGGAUGUAUUUCUUCAUCCAACACCUGCGUUUGGACCCUUUCGACAAUCGAGAGUACAAGGUCCUAGACAAGCUGGAGCUGCUAAACUUGUGGUGUUUGGUUGUUACGCUCCUGGGUGUGUCCCUCUUCGAGGAAACCCAGUUUAACACUGGAAAUGCAUCAUCCUUGGUCACUGCGCUGCUGUCCAGUGUGGUUUUCAGGGCGUGUGUAAUUGCUAUCGUCAUUGCAAGCCAUGUGGUCUUCUGGUUUUAUGCGAUCCGAGCACUGGUGAGUGACAUGGUGGUGCGCCCCUUGCGCUUGAAAGCCUUGGCCGGCAUGAAAUUGCAGUGGUGGCAAGAAGUACUGCUAGCCUUCUAUCGAACUUGUGUAGGUUCGGGAAACAUGCUCCGUUUUCGUGGCAAUGAUAACAGUCUGGAUGUGAGUGAACUCACCGACAGAGAGAAGCGAUUUCUCACAGUGGCCCUCCAGAGCACGUUGGAAUGCUACAUGAACUACUCGGGACAGGCUACACCAGGCUUGGUCUCGGUGGCACUUCGGGAGGCCGUGUUGAUUUGUCAGAGAACACGGCGCCUUCAAAUCGAUUGGCUCCGGCGACAUGUGGAGAUCAAUGUGCCGUGCAUGGCCUUGCUUUGGGGCGCCUUCAGGGCAAGAAUCUGUGCAGCUUACACGACAAUGAGUGCGACAUGCGCCAGGCUCCGGCGGAGGCCUGGCCUCAAAGAGACGGAAGAUCCUGAAGAGGACAGUCCUGUUGUUCAAAAGCAAGCCUCUUUGCUGCGAAUGCCCAUUACGCGGUGGGACACGCACUACAUGCGCAACAUUGCUGAUCGUGAGAAGCAACCUACAGUGAAUGAGUUCUAUGUGGAAGAGCUACAUGAUGCCUUGAUGGUGCUUUGGCCGGAGAUCAAGAGAGGUUGGCCAGAGCUGCACCAUUUCUCAAGCGGGGACACGCCAGAGAAGCGGUUUGUGGUGUGGGAGGGCCAGGGAGCUGAAGCUAUCAUGAGCGAGAUGCAGUGCCCUCAAGGCGUCCUGCAGCAGGCUUUGUGCCGCCGAAGCAGCCGUGACACCUUGCAUACUCUUCAAACUGCAAGCCCGAAGGAAAACGUGGAAGACAAAAAUGCAAGUGAAGGAGCAGGCGUUGCCAGUUCCACUGAUAAAGGUGAGAGAGAUGCGAAUUCCGCGGUCGAACGCACAGCUGAGCAGGGCUGGUUGCAUCACAUGCUGGAUGCCGAGGAUACGGAGACAGAGCUUGCGCGAGUUGGUGCUGCCUUACGACGUGCAAACCAACGAAACUUUCAGUUUGCUUGUCGAAUCAUUCUGGAAAGACAUCGCGCCUGGAAGCUUCAGCAAAAGCUUGAAGAAGCACUGGAUAAGCUGGCCAUCUCGAGCAGUCUGGUCCAGGGCAUCAUCAAACCGACAAAUUGCUCUGUUCAGAGAACCGCUGAUGAGGGUUCCCAGGGAGGCGCGGCUCGUCGUAGAAAUGCAUCCAAAGCAUCUAUCUGUGGCCUCGACCAUGAAAUCCCAAAGCCAUCUACAGUUGACAGGAGUGAAUAUGUGGAACAAGAAGUUGCUUCACCAACUGCUGUCUCUUCCAAAGCAGAGCAAAUGGAAAUUCAGGAGAUUCCUCGGUUGCAGGUGGCUGCAGCGCACGCAGCGAAGACCUUGUCGCUGAGCAGUGAGGCAAACCCCGAUGAGAGACCGAGGAAAGCAGCGAAAGCAACGAGAGUUUCGAACGUCACGAAGGCACCAGAAGCACCGGAAGCACCGGAAGCACCGGAAGCAAGCCCAGAAAGCGCGACUGAAGGCUCUGUUCUUGGGCAUUGGGCUGGAUCGCUCAUACGGGCUUUUGACCGCCUAAAGCCGACAGAGGCACCUGAGGCACCUGAGGCGCCUGCGCCCGCAGCCUCCGCGAGUUCCUCCGCAGCCUCCGCGAGUUCCUCCGCAGCCUCCUCUGUGCCCAACGUGCCCAACGUGCCCAACGUGCCCAACUCCACAAAACCUGCAAGCAACUCUGAAGGGGCGCAACAUUGGUGGGGUGCACUUCGACCGGUGUCGGACCUGAAACCUGUACAGGCUGCCCACGACGAUUUGCGAGAUUCACCAUCCCUCGACAUCAACGAUCCUGUCUCGCUACAGGAGCGUUACAUGCGUGCAACGGCAAGAGGCCGCAGUGAAGGAAGCCCAGAGACGAGCCCCCAUGUCGCGUCCGCUGGUCGUCCUAGCAGCUGGCGACGUCGAGUGGAAGGGCAGAGAGGAGGGGGCGACUAG